UUUAUGCUUAUGCACAUCGUCUUCCCUUCUGCGGGGUUCCACUUUUUCUUCUCUUCUAUCCUCGUGGUCGCUCCACUGCACUGGCUCAUCAUCUGAGGUCGUCAUCUGGUCAGUGUCGUCUUCCUCUUCCUUCUCUUCUUUCCUUGUGACUGUCCGCUACUCAUGCAUAGCAGAACUAUAACAUAUUGGAAAGGAUAUCAAAUUUAAGCAUAUAUGAUAUUGCCCUCACCUGCAUAUCUUACCUACUCACUCCCUCAGUGUUCUGUUGGGGAAACAUGCGAAUACUGGGAACCAUUGUACAAGAGGGGCUCAUUCAAGCAAUUCAUCGAACUCCUUGUGCUUCUGCUUUGAGUGUCACUCAGAUCCAUCUCAAAUUCAAAUUCCUGUCCACCCAUACAGCAGAAAUUUUUCCUGAAGACAAUUCCAAAACCCUAGAUAACCCUAGGUGCUUAUCUUACAGAAUUGAGAAACUCUCCAAAGGAGAAUCAGUUGGGUCUGUUUUCCAGAGAUGGAUGGGAGAUGGGUUCCCUAUUCACAGAGGGGACAUUUUUCAUGCCAUUAAUCGUCUACGGAAGCUCAAGAUGAACAAACGUGCACUUGAGGUGAUGGAAUGGGUGAUCAGAGAAAGACCUUACAGGCCCAGGGAACUAGAUUACUCUUAUCUCUUGGAAUUUACAACAAAGCUUCAUGGAAUAUCACAUGGUGAGAAGCUCUUCUCUCGUAUUCCUCCUGAAUAUCAUAAUGAGUUGCUCUACAACAAUCUAGUGAUUGCGUGCUUGGACAAGGGGGUGAUUAGGCUUUCGCUUGAGUACAUGAAAAAAAUGAGGGAAUUAUGUUAUCCCAUCUCACACUUGGCAUUCAACCGCCUUAUAAUUUUACACUCCUCACCGAGCCGCAGGAAAAUGAUCCCAAAAAUACUUGCUCAAAUGAGAUCUGAUAAGGUUACCCCUCAUGUUUCCACCUACAAUAUUCUGAUGAAAAUAGAAGCUAAUGAGCAUAAUAUUGAAGGUUUGGUGAAGGUCUUCAGUCAAAUGAACCAAGCAAAGGUUGAACCAAAUGAAAUAUCUUAUUGCAUUUUAGCUACUGCACAUGCAGUGGCUAGGUUAUAUACUGCAGCAGAAGCAUAUGUUGAAGCUGUUGAGAAGUCGGCCACAGGGAAGAACUGGUCAACAUUGGAUGUGCUACUUAUAUUGUAUGGGUAUUUGGGGAAGCAGAAGGAGCUAGAGAGGACCUGGGGCAUCAUUCAAGAACAACCAUUGGUUAGAUCUAAAAGUUAUAUGUUGGCCAUUGAAGCAUUUGGUAGAAUUGGAAAUCUAAAUCGAGUUGAAGAACUGUGGUUAGAAAUGAAGUCAAGAAAAGGAUUGAAGUCUAUAGAGCAAUUCAAUUGCAUGAUGUCUGUAUUUUGCAAACACGGAUUUAUUGAUAAAGCUACUAGACUUUACAAGUGUAUGGAAGCAAAUGGAUGCAAACCAAAUGCCAUAACUUAUCGUCAGCUUGUUUUGGGCUGCUCGAAAGCAGGGAUCACGGAGCAAGCCUUGAAGACAUUAGAGUUGGGCAUGCGUUUCACAGUUAGCAAGAAAGUCAGAAGUUCAACUCCCUGGCUAGAAACCACUCUUUCAAUUAUUGAUAUUUUUGCUGAGAAAGGUGAUGUAAGAAAUGUUGAGAGAUUGUUUGAAGAACUUCAUAAGGCUAGGUACUGUAGAUACACAUUUGUAUAUAAUACCUUGAUUAAGGCUUAUGUAAAAGCCAGGAUUUAUGAACCAAAUCUUUUGAGAAGGAUGAUUCUUGGAGGAGCUAGGCCAGAUUCUGAAACUUAUAGUCUCAUGAAACUUGCGGAUCAGUUCCGACCCUGAUUUUUAUGUAUCCUUUUGCGAGUUCUGUGUGUCCUUUUGUUGUCUAUCUACUACAAAUUAAGCCCAUUAUUGAUCACGAUAAGGUGGAAGCGACAUUGUCAAAUUGAUGCCACUGCUGCAAAGACUGCUCUUUUUGUUUGCAGUUUGCAUUUGCCUCUGACGAGAUGCUGAAAGAAUUACAUGUUGAUUCCAAGUUGGGCUUCCCCCAUAUUACUAUAAAAA